AUGCCAUCAAUCACUAAUAACAACCCUUGCGUCGUCUUGCAAAAAGUCGGCAGCAUCACCUACGAAGACCGGCCCGUACCUGAGCUCACCGACCCUCAUUACGUGAAGAUAGCCAUCAAGCAGACUGGUCUCUGUGGCUCGGACCUCCACUACUACGAGACAGGAUGUUGUGGGUCCUUCAAGGUCGAAAAGCCUAUGGUCUUGGGCCACGAGUCCUCCGGGGAGAUUGUCGAAGUCGGCAGUGCCGUCACAUCCUUGAAGGUCGGCGACAGGGUCGCCUGCGAGCCAGGCAUCCCCUCCAGAUACAGCCAGGAGUAUAAAUCAGGCAACUACAACUUAUGUCCACACAUGGCGUUUGCUGCUACUCCACCCUACGAUGGCACAUUGUGCAGGUACUACUUGUUGCCGGAGGACUUCUGCGUCAAGUUGCCAGAUCACGUCUCUUUGGAGGAAGGGGCGCUUGUGGAACCCUUGGCAGUCGGAGUGCACGCCAACAGGCUAAUCGAUGUGAAGUUCGGAGACUCCAUUAUAGUUUUUGGCGCCGGUCCUGUUGGAUUACUCUGCGCAGGAGUUGCCAAGGCGUUCGGCUGCGACAAGGUGCUCCUUGUCGACAUUAUCGACGAGAAACUCGCCUUUGCAGUCGAGCACGGACUAGCUAGCCACACUUUCAACUCCAGGGGCCAGAAAUUUGACGACUUGAUGGAAAAGGUCAAGUCGAUCUGGAAAGACAGCGAGCACGGUUUGCCAACAUGUGGCAUCGACGCAACGGGUAAUCAAACUUGCACCAACAUGUGCAUCCGGGCCUUGGCCAAAAAGGGACGUUUCGUGCAAGUCGGAAUGGGGCCAGACAACAUGGACAAUUUCCCUAUUGCUGCAGUCAUGGAGAAAGAACUGACAGUGAAGGGAAGCUUCCGUUACUCUGUCAACGACUACAACUACGCUGUUCAACUCCUUAAAGAACGGAAACUCAACGUCAAGCCCCUUGUUACCCACAGGUUCAAGUUCUCUGAGGCUAUUGAGGCAUAUGAGUUCUCUAAAAAGGGCCAGAGUAUCAAGAUCAUGAUUUCAGGUCCCGAGUAA